AUGAUUUUAGUGCUGUGGACGGUGGUAACAGCGGCGUUCAUAGGGAUCGCUGAGGGCCGCCACCACCGGCAGGCAGGUGGUGCGACGGAGCUAGAAGCCUUCCACUACGCAGCGGCGGGGGCAAGAGGAUGCCGGGCCCACGUGGCCAGCCUGACGGACUUCGAUGGGGUGGGCAACGGGGUGACCUCCAACACGGCGGCCUUUGCGGCGGCCGUGGCCAACCUCAGUAAGGUGGCGUACGAUGGUGGCGCGAUGCUGGUGGUGCCGGCCGGCCGGUGGCUCACCGGGCCCUUCAACCUCGCCGACCACUUCACCCUCUUCCUCGACCACGACGCCGUCAUCCUCGCCACUCAGGAUAUCAACGAGUGGCCGAUCAUUGACCCUUUGCCCUCCUAUGGUAGAGGAAGAGAUGCGGUUGGGGGUAGAUACAGUAAUCUCAUCAUGGGAUAUAACCUAACCGAUGUGGUCAUAACAGGGAAAAAUGGAACUAUCGAUGGACAAGGUGAAACCUGGUGGAAAAUGUUCCGUAACAAAGAACUCAAUUACACUCGUGGAUACCUCAUUGAAUUGAUGUACUGCAAACAAGUGCUGAUUUCCAACAUUACAUUGGUUAACUCUCCAUCGUGGAAUGUCCAUCCAGUGUACAGCAGCCACGUAAUCGUCUCAGGCAUCACAAUUCUUGCACCGGUCAACUCUCCCAACACUGAUGGGAUCGAUCCAGACUCAUCCUCCAAUGUCCGCAUUGAGGACUGCUACAUAGUCUCAGGCGAUGACUGCAUCGCCAUUAAAAGCGGUUGGGAUGAGUACGGGAUUGCAUUCAACAUGUCAAGCAAACACAUAGUGAUCAGACGGCUCACCUGCAUCUCCCCCACGAGCGCUGUCAUCGCCCUGGGAAGCGAGAUGUCGGGAGGAAUCCAAGAUGUCCGGGCCGAAGACAUCACGGCCAUCCACUCCGAAUCCGGCGUCAGGAUCAAGACGACCAUCGGAAGGGGAGCUUACGUGAAGGACAUAUUCGUGAGAAGAAUGAAUCUGCACACAAUGAAGUGGGUCUUCUGGAUGACGGGCACCUACGGGCAGCACCCGGACGACAAAUUUGAUCCGAAAGCCAUUCCGGUGGUGCAGAAUAUCAGUUACAGCAACGUGGUGGCCGAGAACGUGACCAUGGCCGCGAAGCUGGAGGGGAUUCCCGGCGCGCCCUUCACCGGAAUAUGCAUCUACAAUGUGACGGCGGAGGUGGUGAAGUCGAAGAAGCCGAUUUGGAACUGCACCGUCUUGAGCGGCGUUAGCACAAAAAUUCUUGAAAGAAGAAUGAGUUUGAACCCCUUUUAA